AUGCCUUCAAUCACAAAAGCCAUUGGUACGGUUGUCGCGGGGUUGGCGGCUGUCACGUCGGCGCUACCAGCGGUCCCAAAGUUGAACGAGGGUCAGAUGAAGAUGCUUGAGCUUGCAAAGCGCCAAAACGCUGCUGCUGCCGCGCUUGGCUUGACCGAUAUUGACAUCCUGCAAUUCGCUCUCACACUGGAGUGGCUCGAGGCGACAUUCUACCAGCAGGGGUUCGCGCAGUUUCCGGCGACCGACUUCCAGGCCUUAGGGCUUGAGCAAAGAGAGAUUGACGACCUCCUCCAAAUCGGCAAGACAGAAGAGGAGCACGUCGUCCUAUUGCAAAGCGCCAUUGCCCAGGCAGGUGUGCAGCCAGUGCAGCCGUGCACCUACAACUUUGGCUUCACCGAUGCCGCGGGCAUGGUCGCAACAGCCGCCGUGCUCGAAAACGUCGGUGUCUCGGCCUAUCUCGGCGCCGCCGCCCUUGUUUCCGACGGCUCCAUCCUGACGACAGCCGGCACCAUCCUCACCAUCGAGGCGCGCCAUCAGACCUUUGUCCGCGCCGCCAGCCGAGGCAUCGCGGUGCCCCAGGCUUUUGACACGCCGCUGUCGCCCAAGCAGGUCUUCUCGCUCGCCGCGCCCUUCAUCGCGAGCUGCCCCGAGGGAAGCAACCUGAUUCUGACGGCAUUCCCUACUCUCGCCAUGGCGGCCGGCCAGAACCCGCAGGCCGUUGCCGCGGGCGCCACCAUCCAGCUGCAGUCCGACGCGGCCGCCACGGCCACGCACUGCGCUUUCACCACGGGCGGCGUCAUCCCCGGCGGCACCGUCUUCACCGAGUUCAACCCCCAGACGGGCUGCGUCGUGCCCCAGGGCCUGGCCGGCGUCACCUACGUCAACCUGGCCAGCGCUGGGCCCCUGACGGGCGUGCUCACGGACGACAUCAUUGUGGCUGGGCCCAUGGUGAUGCAGGUCUCGUAG